AGCUCAAAGAGAUGGUCGCCGAUAGGUUUAAGACAGACAUCGAUCAGAUCUGUCUUAUAUUCGCCGGAAAGAUACUGAAAGAUAAUGAAUCGCUCGACACUCACAAAAUCAAAGACGGACUGACAGUACAUCUCGUCAUACGAUCAGGAAAUCAGUCUUCAUCGCAGCCGUCGUCGGAACCGACGACACAAAAUACAGAUAACAUGUCUUCGAUGGGCGCCAAUGCUUUCGGUUUGGGACAGCCUUUUGCGGGCCUCCAGGGGUUGUCUAACUUAGGCUUAGGGAACAGCUUUAAUGAGAUUCAGCAGCGAAUGCAAAGCGAGAUGAUGUCAAACCCAGAUAUGUUACGACAGAUGAUGGAGAACCCGAUCGUUCAGCAAUUGAUGUCAAACCCGGAUUACGUGCGAACUCUUCUCACAUCUAACCCUCAAAUGCAAACAUUGAUGGAAAGGAAUCCAGAGAUCAGUCAUAUGCUGAACAAUCCGGAACUGUUGCGACAGACGAUGGAAAUGGUUCGCAACCCAUCGAUGUUACAGGAGUUGAUGCGAACUCAAGACCGAGCGCUCAGUAAUCUGGAGAGCAUUCCCGGCGGUUAUAACGCUUUGCGACGGAUGUAUACCGAACUCCAGGAGCCGAUGCUGAACGCAGCGCAGGAACAUCUGAUGCAGCAGAUGAUGGAUAACCCACAGCUCAUGCAGAAUACUAUGAACGCCCCUUACAUGCAGUCCAUGCUUCAGACCAUAUCGUCUAAUCCAGAACUGGCGCAACAACUCAUAGCAAACAAUCCGUUUUUUGCUGGAAAUCCUGAAAUGCAGGAACAGAUGAGACAAAUGAUGCCAACAAUGGUUCAACAGAUGCAGAGCCCAGAAAUGCAGUCAAUUGUCACGAAUCCUCAGGCGAUUCAGGCCAUGAUUCAGAUCCAACAGGGGAUGGAACAGUUGCAACGGGUGGCGCCCAACAUAUUCGGAAUGAUCCCAAACCCACUGAAUAUGACGUCGAGUGCGGCGGCGUCUGAGACAAACACCACCGGAACUGGUGGUAACCAGACGUCUGCGGCGACCACAGCCAACAGUGCGAACAGUGUGAACAGCGCUGCAGCCCUCUCGCAAAUGAUGGCACAAAUGUUUUCGUCUCAAAGUCCUCCAGAGGACAGGUAUACGAGUCAAUUGGAACAGUUAGCAAAUAUGGGGUUCAUGAACAGGGAGGCCAACCUCCAGGCACUGAUCGCCACCUUCGGUGAUGUGAACGCAGCGGUCGAACGGCUCCUUCAGACUCAGCAGUGAAUGAGUUUAUGAUUGUCUGAACCGAUGCUUUCGAAAGCGAUUGUCAACUCUUUUACUGCACUUUAUUUUUAUUCUUUGUUUUUAUGGGAUUCUGAUUCUGAGUAAAGACAACAAAAAAUAUUUGUUCAAAAUUUUCUGCAAAUAUUUAACUUAUAAUAAAAUUUAGUAAAUAUUUAAUAAAAAGAUUACUUUUAGUUAAAAAGAUUGUAAGCGUUAGACGAACGUCUGAUUCCAU